GACUCUCUGUCUAGGCUGUUCGCCCGCUGCGGGCACGUCCAGUCUGUGGACAUCUGUGACAAACCAGGGCUGGGAGAGAAAAAAGAAAAAGUGACGUCAAAAUUCUUCAACCGCAAAACUGUAACGGGAUUUCAGGUAGCCUACGUGGUGUUCAGGAAACCAGCAGGUGUCCAGGCAGCCAAGGCCCUGGCACAAGAAGGUCCCUUGCUCAUAUCAACAGAGAGUCACCCUGUGAAAACCGGCAUUAGCAAGUGGAUCGACAGCUAUGCGGCCUCAGUCGUGGAUCCAGAGGAGCUGAAGGCUGAGGUGGAUGCCUACAUGCAAGACUAUGACAAAAAGAUAGAAGAGGAAGAAGCCAAAGCGGCCAAGGAGGAGGGUGUUCCGGAUGAGGAGGGUUGGGUGAAGGUAACACGGAAGGGCCGGAAGCCUGGCCUGCCCCGGACAGAGGCUGCUAACCUGCGGGUGCUGGAGAGGGAGAAGCAGAAAAGAGCCCGCAAAGAGCUGCUCAACUUCUAUGCCUGGCAGCAUCGUGAGACCAAGAGAGAGCACAUUGCCCAGUUGAGGAAGAAAUUUGAGGAGGACAAGCAGAGAAUUGCCCUGAUGCGAGCCCAGCGCAAGUUUCGGCCAUACUGAGCUGGGCUGAGCUAUUUCCUUGGAUGCCUGUGCUGGAGAGGGCAAGAGAGAUGCUCAUGGACUCCGUGUACCAAAGGAUUUCAAGGAAUCAAGCCAGCUUCAGGUUGUCCCUGCC